AUGGUUCAGCAGGACCCCCAAGAGGUUGCACACCUGGUGGAAGCGCUGGAGGCUUCUAACCAGAAGACUAGACGUGAAGGGAAGAGAACAUACACCUGCAAGAAGACGACUUUCCCCGUGGCAGGUUCCGAUAACAUCUCUGUCAACUCCUGGAGAUUUAUGGAUUGGGAUUACAAGCGCGACAAUCUACCGACCUAUGCGCGCGGUCUCUUCACCAGCAAGAGGAAAGACGGCACCCCGGAGAUUGUAGUGCGCGGUUACGACAAAUUCUUUAAUAUCGACGAGGUCUAUAACACCAAGUGGCAGAAUAUUGAGAAGAACACACGUGGUCCAUACGAGCUUAGCGUGAAGGAGAACGGCUGUAUCAUAUUCAUCUCCGGUCUGGAGGACGGGACACUACUUGUUUGUAGCAAGCACUCGACCGGAGUCCGACACGACACCAAUCUAAGCCAUGCUCAGGCGGGUGAGAGAUGGGUCGAACGCCACGUGGCUUCUGUUGGAAAAUCAGUCAAGGAUCUGGCGAGAGAGCUGCGCAGACUCAAUAUCACCGCCGUUGGCGAGCUUUGCGACGACAGUUUCGAGGAGCACGUUCUCGCGUACGACACCCCUUCUGCGGGAAUCUACCUGCACGGAUUGAACUUCAACCUGCCACAAUUCGCCACACUACCCAGCUCGGAAGUACAUAAGUUUGCGGACGAGUGGGGGUUCAAGAAAGCCAAGUUCCUCGUUUACGACGACAUCCAUACAGUCAAGAGAUUUCUUGAGCAGUGUGCCGAAACUGGCACUUGGGAUGGCCGGGAGACCGAAGGAUUUGUUAUCCGCUGUCAAUUGAGCGAGGCCGGCGGCCCUUACAUGGAUUGGUUUUUCAAGUACAAAUUCGAGGAACCAUAUCUGAUGUACCGACAGUGGCGAGAAUGUACGAAAGCGAUCAUCGCUGGAAGAUUCCCUAAUAUCAGAAAACACCAGAAGAUCACCGAGCAAUACCUCCAUUAUGCGAGAAGGCAGCUGUCUCAGAACCCCAAGCUGGGGAAUAUGUACCUGAAGAACCACGGAAUCAUCUCCAUGCGGGAAGGGUUCCUCAAGGAGCAAGGCCUCAAGGGCUCGGACAUCAUUGCGAUGGAAGCUGGAAACAAGGGAAAAGUCACUCGAGAAGUGGUCCUAGUGCCCAUUGCUUCGCUCGGCUGCGGAAAGACGACGCUGGCGCUUGCUCUGACGAAGCUGUUUGGAUGGGGUCAUGUUCAGAACGACAACAUCCCUAAACAGAAGAACAAACCAAAGAAAUUUGCAUUUGAAAUCAUGAACGUCAUGGCGGAGAAACCGGUAGUGAUCGCAGACCGGAACAACCACCAGAAACGGGAGAGGCAGCAGCUCAUGGACGACGUGUUCCCCUCGUUCUCCGAGGCACGAAUGGUGGCCCUGCACUACGUCCACGACCCCAAAGACGUGCUCCUCCCCUCCAUCCGAGAAGUGACCCGGAAACGGGUUCUGGAGCGCGGAGACAACCACCAGACGAUCCGGGCGGGGACGAAAAACUCGGACGAGAUCCUCGGGAUCAUGGAGGGUUUCCUGAGCCGGUUCGAGGGCGUCGACAGGGAGCACGAACCGGACAGCAGCUUUGACCACAUCAUUGAUCUGGACGUCUCGGCGUCCUCGCGCGAGAACCUGGAGACGGUGGUGAACGCGCUGCACUCGUUCUACCCGGAUCUCGUGAAGCACGUCCCCACGUCACAGGAGCUCGACGAGGCCAUCAAUUGGGCGAUGACCGACUACCAUGUGCAGGAGGAUCUCAGCUACAGCUACACGUCGGCGAAGCAGCGCCAGCAACCCAACAAGAACAAAAACCCCAGCAACAACAAUAACAACAACCCAGCCGCGACAACCGCCCCGGCCCUGGCCCCCGCAUGCCUCCCCUCACCGGCCGUCCUCGCCCAGAAAAUCGAAUACUUCUUCAUCUCCAUCCCCACGGCCGAAAUCACCUCACUCCUCAACACCCUCUUCCCGGCCUCCGCGCCCCCGGAACAGGCCCGCCUGUACCGCCAUCUACUCCACUCGCGCCGCCUCCAACCCACCUUCCACGUCACCCUGAUCCACCGCGCCAGCAAGACCGACCGCGCCGACAUCUGGGACCGCUACGCGGCGCAGUACAUCGCCAAGAUGCACGAGCAGCAGCAGCAGCAGCAGCAGCAGCCAGCAUUCGCCGCGCCCGCGCCCGCGCUCACGCCCACGCUGGCGGCCGCACGCAUCCGUCUCGAGCGUCUCAUCUGGGACGAUCGCAUCAUGACCUUUGUCGCGCGGCUGCUGCCCCCCGACGACCCGGCGCAGCCGGACUGGGCGUGCGCGAACCCGCUCCCGCAUGUUACGGUCGGCACGGCCUCGGCGGAGGUCAAGCCCAAGGAGAGCAAUGAGCUGUUGCAGCGGUGGUUGGAGGGCGGGUCCGGUGGGGCGACGGGGAUUUGGGAGGCGGAGGUGCCUGGGGUCAAGGUUGUGCAGGGGUCGGUAGGGGCGAUGAUGAGCCGGGGGAAGUUGUUGAGGUGA